GUUGUUGGAGAUGAUACAUUUGAUCCAAGCAGAAGAUCAUUUACAUCAGAUGAACUCAGAGUGGCGCCUAUACUUCCAAAAUCUCAAAAGAAUUUUGUGCCUUCUGAUAAAAAGGAUGAUCAUUAUUGGACCAGACGAUUGAAAAAUAAUACAGCUGCCAAGAGAUCAAGAGAGGCAAAAAGAAUGAAAGAAAACCAAAUUACUUUGAGAACUGCUUAUUUGGAGCAGGAAAAUACAAGGCUAAGAGAAGAACUAUCUAAAGCCAACAGCGAAAUAACGGAAUUGAAGAAAAGACUGAAAAAAUAUGAAUACGUUUCAGAUUAG